AGAGAAACCCUACAGCUGUUGUGGGAGAUAAUCGCAGGCUAUUUCUGGCAGGUUUCAACACCUCUGGUGUUUCUAAUCCAGUGGGAGUGGGGGGAAAAUACUGAGAGGCGCCUCUCGCGGAUUCCUGGGCGGCUCCGUUCCCAGAUCCUGACGCUCUUCCCGAUGAUGUCAGCGGAGUGAGGAGGGAAGGUCCGGGUCUGAUUGGUUCUCGCGUGGAUCACGAGCCGCAGGGAAAAGCAGGAGCCGCCGCCUUUGGAAAAGCGUUGGGAAGAGGAUCGUUGAGAAUAUGAGCUGUCCAGUGAGUUUGUGCAGCGUCGACGAACAGCUGCUGGAAAAGCUUAAAAAAUUCCGCUUUCGUAAAGAGACCACGAACGCCGCCCUGAUAAUGAAGAUUGAUCAAGAGCAACUGAUGGUGAUUCUGGAUGAAGAAUAUGAGGAUAUUUCCCCAGAAGAACUCAAGAAUGAGCUCCCUGAACAUCAACCCAGAUUUGUAGUCUACAGCUACAGAUAUAAACAUUCUGAUGGAAGGAUCUCCUAUCCAUUAUGCUUUAUAUUUUUUAGUCCUUCUGGUUGUAAGCCUGAACAGCAAAUGAUUUAUGCUGGUAGCAAAAUUGGAUUGGUGGAUGAGGCACAAUUUACCAAGGUCUUUGAAAUUAGAAAUACAGAAGAAUUUAGUGAAGAAUGGCUGUGCAAAAAAUUGGGAUUUUUCCGUUAGAACGUGACAGACUUGAUUUGCUUAAUAUGAAUUGAUAUCACAAGCUUGAAUUCUAACACUACUCCAGAAACUGGAAGAUUAAGUUACUUUUAUAUGUUGUUUCAAACUGUAAUGGGUUUAUGCACUGUGAAAAUGUUGAAUGCAGUUUUCCAAGAAGAUUAACUCUUCAAAUGCUUCAUAAUUUUUGUUCUAGUCUUUUUGUGUGAACCAGAAAAUAAAGACAGACCAAGGUCUACCCUUAAAAUAGGGCAAUCCUUUAACCAAUAGUGCAAUGCAAGAAACGAACGUAGAGAAGAUAUUUCUUGGUAAUGGCCAAAUUAAUAUUUAGCUUUUAACCUCCAAUUUGAUACUUGCUAUUAAUUUGUUUGAUUAGCGGUUUAAAAAAAUGUGGUGGAUGAUUAUUCAUGAGUUCAUUAUGGUGUAGGGGUGGUCUUUUGCUUCCAUCCUAUUGGUAUUCUUAUUGGUUUCUGAUUGCUUUAAAAAUGACAAAUGCUACCUUUUUUGCUUUGACAUGAUUUAGUAUAAAUCAUUAUUUUUGGCUUGGGCAUUUUGUCUUGAAUUUUCACUUCCAUUUUAAAAUUUUUACUAAAACAUUCUGCAUUUAACUUAUGAACUUAUAUAAUGUCUGGUUCCUUUCACAAAAUUCGAUGAACAUUUGAGAAUUCAAUUUUAUCUGUACUAAUUUAAGUAAAUUGACUUAAUAGCUUGGGUUGAUCAAGUCUUACUUGUUUGUUGGCUUUACUUUUAAAAAGAUGCUCCUCAGUAGUUUUGUUUGGAAAUAUGUCUCUUCAGAACAAGUCUAAUUCUUGAAAUUAUUUUUGGAAAUAUGAAGUCUGUUCUUUUCCACUUUAACAAACAUGCAUGCUAUCAGGGAUAAAAGUAACUUUCUGACUUAGGAUUUUGGUCCAUGCUUUGGACCUACAUAUUGUAAAUGUACAAUCUCCCAAUCUUUGUUCAUCCAUUUUAAAUAUUUGAGUUUUCAUCUUUUAGAAAUGUAUGGGCAUUCUGCUGUUUAUUACUAUUUGUAUAAACUAAUUAUAAACAAAAAUAAUCAUUCCCCAUCAAAAACAGAAAUUGAUGGAAAAGCUCAGGUCUGGCAGCAUCGAUGGAGAGAAAGCAGAAUUCGUGUUUUGAAUUUGGUGAUCUAUUAGCUCUGAAGAGGGGCCAUUGGAAUUGAAAUGUUAACCUUGCUUUCUCUCCAAAGAUGCCAGACCUGCUGAUUUUUUUCAAUGUUUUUGUUUCAGAUUUCCAGUAUCUGCAUUCCAGCAUUUUAUUUCAUCAUUCCCCAUGUUAAUUUCCUGAUUUUUUUUUGAAAUCUGUUUACUUGAAUUUGUUAUAGUCAUAUGAACUAUAAUUUUGAUCAUUUCAAAUUAUUCUCUGUAUCAAAGGGAGCUUUUGUCAUUUCUGUUCCUUUUUCCACACCUUGGCCUCUACCUGACUCCUUUUCUGGUCGUAUAGGUCAGCUUUAAAACAAACUUGUUUUCCACUAUUUGGUAUCCCUUUUCUUAUAGUCUUCAAAUUAAUCCAUUAUUUCCACUGCUAGGAAUUCUUAGAAAAUUAAUUUUGUCAAAUUUGAAAUGAAAACUAAUCAAAAUUGUUAUCCCAAUUUGAAUAGGAUAGAUGCCACAAAUAGAUGUUUUUGUACAAGAAAAUCUAAUACCAAUUGUAACAAAUCAAAGUACAUUAAUUGUAUGAUCUUGUGUAUACAGUGCUUGAAGAGUUAAUUAGGCAUGCAGUAGGUACUUGAGGUGUUGCAAUAAGUGAUUAUCACAAUGCCUAUAGCAUUCUUCCCAUGGAAGCUGCAAAUACUAUUUCAUUUAUUAAAUGGUUAUACUAUUUGGAGACUGUUCAAAAUGAGUAUCAAAAUAUGUGCAAAGAAUAGUUUCUGCACAAUAGUCUCUUUAACAUUCUACUUUUGUAACAAGCAUUCCAAAAUUGUGAUUAAUAUGAUAGCUUGUUACGAAUUGAUCGUUUCAUACUUUCAUUGCACUGUGCCUGUAUGCUUCCUGCUCAAGUAAGAAUUUUUUCAAAUUAAGUUUGUUGAGGUUGCUUUUUGUCAAUUGCAUGCUAAAUCCUCCACAUUUUGAUGGUAACUCAUAUCUUAUGCAAAAUGUGCCUGUUUUUUAGAGCUGUGAUAAAAAUUAUUUCACCUAAAUAAAUGUUUGCAACAUUACAUUGCCAUUAGUGUCAGAAUUGCAAAUCAAAGUGUGCACUUCUAUAUUUUAGCAUUAAUAGUUUUAAACCUUGGGUGUCAUUACAUCUAAAUUUGACCAUUCUAACAUGCUAUUCUUCUGGCCAGUGACCUGUCAUGCAUAGGAUAUGUGGUAGGAAAGUAGUAUUUGUGCACUAUUUUAGUCUUCCACUUUCUUCUGUCUUGCAUGUUUGAUUAGGUUUCCUUAAAUGCAUCAGUACUAGUUGCCUCAACUGUUAACUGCAGGGGGAAGUUAGUUCAACGUUCUUUCCAGUCCUUAAAGAAGUUUUGUUUGAAUUCUUGAUCACCUUCAAAGCUUGUUGCCCUUUUUCAUAAAGUUAAGUUCCAUUCAUCUAACAUCAUUGUUCAUGCUGGACAGACAUUGGUUUGCAGUCUGUCGGAACCUCAAAUAUAAAACUACUCGUCGUUGUUUUCCAAUGUAUUUGUAGUAUCUCCAAAGCCUACUACCAUUACUAAUGAUCCUUAUUCCAUGACCAGCUACUGGUGCUUGGCAAUCCAAGGUCUCUGGUGGGUGUUGAACAACCACAUUGCCUCCUUACCCUGUGGAACUACAGCCCUCCGGAUGACUGGCAGCUCUGAAUAAGAUACCUUCACUCCAUGGUUCUUGAUUAAAGUAGAAAAUCUGCCACUGGCCUAUCAAAUGUCUGAGCAGCACCAAGGUGUGAUGUGUGUUGUCAACAAGAGGUAAAGUGAGGUUUUCACUCGAUACCAAGCAGGCUGCUGAGGUCCCUGGCUCCUCCAGGAUUCUGUCUAAUGUCUCACUUCUGAUCCAACAUUUGAUUAAGUGUUUAAACGCACUGUACAGAGAAGUUUGGAAGAUUAUGGGAUGCAGGCAGGAAAGUGGAGUUAAUACUACAGCCACUUCAACCAUGAUGCUAUUGAAUGGUGGAGACUCAAAGGGCCAAAUAUCCCUCUCCUGCUCCUAGGUCCCAUAACUGUUGUUCUUCAAUAAUAACUCACAAAAACUGAAGAUUUUUCUGUUAAAUUGAGAUGAGUGCUGGCUAGGCCAGUAUUUAUUGCUCAUCGGUUGCUGCUGUACUAAAGUAGCAUAAACAUUAGAAUGUACUCUUGACUUUAAAACUGAGUUAAAUAUUGAUUUGGAUGCUGGGUUGCAGUACAAAAUAUCACUCUGGGCUGUGUUAAAAUGCAUGUUUCUCGUAAAUUAUGGUUGCCGUAUGUAUGAAGGGGAAUUGUGUUAAGUAUUUUUCCCCUUGCCCUUUCUCUGGAUUUCAGAAUAAAGAUUAAUUUUUAUCUC